AUGGCGACCGGCUACACCUGCAUUCGCCGCUUCCUCUGCCUCUUCAACCUCCUCAUCUGGCUGAGCGGCAGCUGUCUGGUGGGCAUCGGCCUCUGGUUGACCCUCUCCUACGACACCUACGCCCGCAUCCUGCCCUCCUACCACCUGCUGAGCGCUGACAACCUGGCGCUGGCCAUCGGCGCGCUGACCUUCUUCACCGCCUUCUGCGGCUGCUGCGGCGCCUGGUUCCAGAGCAAGACCCUGCUGACGGUGUACCUCGCCACGGUCAUCCUCAUCAUGGUGGUGGAGAUACUGCUCGGCGCGGUCUGCUUCGCCUUCCAGACGCAGCUGGGCGCCACGCUGCAGAGCGAACUCCUCGACGGCAUCCACCACCGGUACCAGGCCGCCGAGAGCAAUGGCAGCAGCGGCGGCGGCGAGCAGGGCUUUCGCUCCACCUGGGACCACCUGCAGACGCACUUUCGGUGCUGCGGGGUGAACAACUACACCGACUGGUACCACAUUGCCGCCUGGCCCGACAAGCAGAGGGUGCCUGAUUCCUGCUGCAGACCACUACCGUUAGCAGAGAACAACAGCACCAGCGAAGUGUGCGGCCUGCAGUCUCCCACGGUAAACAGCACCCUUCUCUGGCGUCACGGCUGUCUGGCGAAGGUGCGCCACUACCUGCUGGCGAACAUCCACGGCGUGGGCAUCACCUCCAUUCUCUUCGCCUUCCUCCAGUUUGUCGCCCUCGUCUGCGCCUUUCUCCUCCUCUACACCGUCGACUACAAGAAGGACCGCAGAAAGCGAAAGGCACUCUCAAUCUCCGCCUCCUCCUCACGAUCCACCUACAAUCGCAUACGGACCAUGUAA